AUGAAGGCUUGCUAUUUAAUUCUUCUAUUUGUUUUCAGUGGGACAAUUGCUGAGAGUGAUAUAGCAAAUUGCGUUCUUGAUUACAAUCCAAUUUGUGUUGUACUUGAGGAUUGCGGUUUCACACUGCAUAGCAAAUGUUUAUUAGACUUGCAUAAAAAGUUUACAUAUAAUAAAAACCAUGCGCCUUUGGAAACAUUUACAAGCGGACCGUGUCGAAAGGAUAAAAAACGGUGCCCUUACCACAAAUAUUUAGGAGGCAAAACUUUUGAGGAUGCUUUAAUAUAA